UCAGGGCGACUGACGAGGGCCGUCGGUAACGUGUGUUAAUCUCGCAUCUUUGUUCUGUCGGUUUCAAACGCUCUAGAAGAUUCAUCUGCCAUCGCGAGCAAACACGUAUCUUUUUAUGGUGCAAGCCCGGGGUAUAAUGUUGAGAGAAAAUGUAAAAACAAUAGGACACAUGAUCAGAUUGUACACUAACAAAAAUACUACACUGAAUGGCACAGAUUAUCCUGAAGGAAACAAUUCUAGUGACUGUGUUGCUCAAACAACACUGUAUCUUCCAGAAAACUUCACUUAUUCUCCUUACCAGGCUUGUCCAGAGAAGCUGCCUUACAUGAGAGGCCUUAUCGAUGUCAAUAUGAGUGAAAUUAGUUUUGAUGAAAUUCAGCAACUGUUUUCAAAAGAUUUAGACAUUAAACCAGGAGGACACUGGAAACCAAAAGACUGUAAGCCACGAUGGAAGGUGGCGAUCCUUAUUCCUUUUCGAAAUCGUCAUGAGCAUCUUCCAAUUUUUUUCCGUCAUCUGAUACCUAUGUUGCAGAAGCAGCGGCUGGAAUUUGCCUUCUAUGUUGUUGAACAGACAGGUACACAACCUUUUAAUCGUGCAAUGCUCUUUAAUGUUGGCUUUAAAGAGGCUAUGAAGGAUGCUGUCUGGGACUGCAUAAUAUUUCAUGAUGUGGAUCACUUACCUGAAAAUGACCGAAAUUAUUAUGGAUGUGGAGAAAUGCCACGCCAUUUUGCAGCAAAGCUGGACAAAUACAUGUACAUACUUCCAUACAAUGAGUUCUUUGGUGGUGUAAGUGGCCUAACAGUGGAACAAUUCAAGAAGAUCAAUGGGUUUCCAAAUGCCUUUUGGGGAUGGGGUGGGGAAGAUGAUGAUCUUUGGAACAGGGUUCACUAUGCUGGAUACAAUGUAACAAGACCAGAGGGAGAUCUAGGGAAGUACAAAUCCAUUCCUCAUCAUCACAGAGGUGAAGUCCAGUUUUUAGGACGAUAUAAACUUCUGAGGUAUUCCAGAGAACGUCAGUAUAUUGAUGGGUUGAACAAUUUAGUAUAUACUCCUAAAAUACUUGUCAGUAGAUUAUAUAAAAAUAUAACUGUUAAUCUCAUACCAGAACUUGCUCCUGUUAAAGACUAUUGAUGGAAGUGGAAUGACAAGCUGCCCUACCAGAAUAAACUAACACUGGAAGAUACUAAUAGACACUGUAAAACAAAACCAAACCAAACCAACAGCAGCUUAGAAUUAGAUUUUUGACCAUUUGAUGAUGCAUAUUUGGGAUGAGAAGUAACAUGAUUGUCUGUACCAUGCAUUUUGUUCUGGAAGAAAAGCCAGCAGCUACCACUCAGAUGUUUACAGCAUGAGACUACUGUUCAAGCCUUUAUUCUUCAUAUUCACUAUCUUAAUCACUCAACUAAUUAAACUGCAGAAAACAGACUUGUAGCUUCUCUGGAAGUAGGGACAGAGGCCUCUUCUUCCAGGAAUUUUUUUAUACUAAACCACCCCCUCCCCUCAUUAUUUAAAUGAAUGGUUUUGUUUCUUUUUAAAAUGUGUUUUGUAAAUAUGUGAUGUAAAUUAAUGUGUGUACAUUGCUUUUAAAUGGCUCAAUAUUUUAUGCUUCAGUGUGUAUUUGAGUGUGUUCUUGUUUGAAUUCUAUAGGAAUGUUUUUAUUAGCAUGAAAGAACAAGUGUAAAAUGCAAGUAUGCUUAAAAAAAAGGUUAUACCUUAUGUGAAA